AUGUAUUCGAUGUUACUACUUUUGCCAAUUGGAGCUUUUGCUCUUCUUUUGGGAGCCAUUCCUUUCGUCCAAUGCUCAGCUCUGCCUUUGGAUCUGGAUGAUUCCAUUCCAAGCGAAGUCUUUCAACAGAUUGCCAGACAUCAGUACCUAAAUGCCUGUUGGGGACAGGAUGCCGUGAAGGAUUUCUACAAGAGGGUGAAGCAAGCUCAAGAUGGGUGCAAUCAAAUGGUUCCCAAGGAUAAUCUGUUCACCUCGUUCCAACACCCAGAUGACACCUCGAUUCGCAAGCCUCAUCCCGUCCAGGAUGUGACCCACCUCUCGCCUCAAGAGCAAGCCGCAUACAAUACAUGGAUGGAAUUUCUGGCCUUUCAACAAUUCAAGUAAAUUCAAGACCACAAAUCGACGCUCCGGGAAGCCAGUGGCCAAACG